CCACUAACGCGCUCCGCUGUAGCAGUCCGAUAGCAGCGAGGUUCCUGGCGCUGCUUACAGGCUCCUCCGCGGCGGGGCGAGUCCGGGUGCUGGCGCCGAGAUGCGCCCCCUGCUCGGCCUCCUCCUGGUCUUCGCCGGCUGCACCUUCGCCCUGUACUUGCUGUCAACGCGACUGCCCCGCGGGUCGACACUGGGCACAGCCAAGGAGGCUGGAGACAGGUCACUGUGGUUCCCCUCGGACCUGGCCGAGCUGCGGGAACUCUCCGAGGUCCUUCGAGAGUACCGGAAGGAGCAUCAGGCCUACGUGUUCCUGCUUUUCUGCAGUGCCUACCUCUACAAACAGGGCUUUGCCAUCCCUGGCUCCAGCUUCUUGAAUGUUUUAGCCGGUGCUUUGUUUGGGCCAUGGCUGGGGCUUCUGCUGUGCUGUGUGCUGACCUCGGUGGGUGCCACAUGCUGCUACCUGCUCUCCAGUGUUUUUGGCAAACAGCUGGUGGUCUCCUAUUUUCCCGACAGAGUGGCCCUGCUGCAGAGGAAGGUGGAGGAGAACAGAAACAGCUUGUUUUUUUUCUUACUGUUUUUGAGACUUUUCCCCAUGACGCCAAACUGGUUCUUGAACCUCUCGGCCCCAAUUCUGAACAUCCCCAUUGUGCAGUUUUUCUUCUCUGUUCUUAUCGGUUUGAUCCCAUAUAAUUUCAUCUGUGUGCAGACGGGCUCCAUCCUGUCAACCCUGACUUCUCUGGAUGCUCUUUUCUGGGAAACUGCCUUUAAGCUGUUGGCCAUUGCCCUGGUGGCCUUAGUUCCUGGAACCCUCAUUAAAAAUUUUAGUCAGAACCUACAUUUGAAUGAAACAAGCAAUGCUCAUCAUCUAAACAGUAGAAAGGACACGUGAUCUGGAUCCUUUGGUUGCUGCCUCCCUGGACUCUACUGUUUAUUUGUGUAAUGGGCGUGGUCCUCUGAAGCCCCUCAUUGUGGUUUUUUUUUUUUUUUAAAGUAUUUGUUUAUUUAUUUAUUGAUGGCUGUGUUGGGUCUUCG